CAUCCGACGAUUGACAGUAUCAGAGCGCAAGACCUCCGUUUCCAAUUGAACAGUAGCCGCUUCCAAAAUAUCAAUGACUUGCGCGAGGUCCUUGGCGAACGAGCCGAACCAGCUAAUUCUCCGGCUGAAAGAUGGUCUACCAUUACACGUGAUUUAUCAAACAUUGAACUGCCAGAUGAAUUUGAUGCUCGGAAGGUGUGGCCACACUGCAAAACAAUCAGCAAAAUUCGAGAUCAGUCUCGAUGUGGCUCGUGUUGGGCUUUCGCCACGACUGGAGUUAUGAGCGAUCGCCUGUGCAUUCAUUCAAAUGGAACUGUGAAUGUGGAUUUGAGCGUUCGUGAUGUAGUUAGCUGUUGCGAUUAUUGUGGAGCCGGGUGCGACGGUGGCUAUUCGCGAAGAGCAUGGGACUAUUGGAUAACCAAAGGGAUUGUUACUGGUGGCACAUAUGAAGACAAAGAGGGAUGCCAACCCUACCCAUUCCCAGCAUGCAGUCGAGAACCGAAUCCAAAUUUAUUUCCUCCAUGCCCCAGGGAGCCUUACGACACUCCCGAGUGCCAGCAGACUUGUGUGCAAGGAUAUAAUGGAACAUAUGAAAAGGACAAAUAUUUUGGCAAGUCAUUCUACUACGUGGCUACAGACGAGAAGCAAAUUCGACAAGAGAUUCUGCUCAACGGUCCCGUUCAGGCUUCAAUGAGUGUAUUCGCAGAUUUCGCCAACUAUCACUCCGGUAUCUAUCAUCACACCGUGCACUACUAUGUCGGUUCGCAUGCGAUUCGCAUUGUCGGUUGGGGCGAACAAUACGGCGUGCCUUACUGGAUAGUGGCCAAUUCGUGGAACACCGAUUGGGGUGAAGAUGGAUUCUUCCGUAUUCUACGGGGUAAAGAUGAGUGCGCCAUUGAAACUUCAGUUCAAGCUGGUCUACCUCAGAUCAGACGAUUGAGUGAUUUUCAUUAG